UUUGAGGAAGGAGCCCUGCCCUGCCCGUGGAAUUGUCCUGAGUCAUCGCCUUGGGCUGAGGCCAUGGGAAGAAACCAUUGUGUGGCAGGGAAGGAGGCAGCCCAGAACCAAGGCCUAAACCAGGAAGGCCUGGGAAAGUGGGGCCAAGGGGUGGGUAGACAUGGCAGGCACUCCCAGCAGACUGGAGCCCUGGAGCUAGACUUCUCCGCAGUAGCCCUGUCCUCCGGCUGUGAGGGCCCUAGUGUAGGAUGGGCCAGCCCGCAGGCCUACGGCUACAGAUCUGAGAAGGCCUUGGGGGCCGCACCGCAGAGUGCCUGGGGAGGGACAGCCCGGGCAGGCUGACGAGCAGGGCGGGCCUUGCUCACACCAGCCCCUGGGCGGGCUCAGGCUGAGUUUCACUUCCCACCACUGCUGCCAGCAGCAAGAACCAGCCAGAGAGCGUGCACCGAGUCAUUGCUGCCUGUCUGCCACUCAGUGGCUCCGUGGCAGUACCCACCAUGGGCUCACAAGCCCCACCCCCAGGUCCCGUGCAGACUCUCAUCUUCUUGGACCUGGAAGCCACUGGUCUGCCCGUCUCCCAGCCCAAGGUUACGGAGCUGUGCCUGCUGGCUGUCCACAGAUGUGCCUUGGAGAGCCUUCCUACCUGUCAGGGGCCUCGUCCCAUGGUGCCCCCACCACCCCGGGUGCUGGACAAGCUCUCCCUGUGCGUGGUUCCAGGGAAGGCCUGUAGCCCUGCAGCCAGUGAGAUCACGGGCCUGAGCACAGCUGAGCUGGCUGCACAUGGGCGUCAACGCUUCGAUGCUGACCUGGCCUACCUGCUCCAAGCCUUCCUGCGACGCCAGCCGCAGCCCUGGUGCCUCGUGGCACACAACGGUGACCGCUACGACUUCCCCCUGCUCCGGGCAGAGCUGUCUAUGCUGGGCCUUGCCAGUGCUCUGGACGGCGCCUUCUGUGCCGAUAGCAUUGCUGCCCUGAAGGCCCUGGAGCAAGAUGGCAGCCCCUCAGAGCACGGCCCGAGGAAGAGCUACAGCCUGGGCAGCAUCUACACACGGCUGUACGGGCAGGCCCCGCCAGACUCACACACAGCCGAGGGCGACGUCCUAGCCCUGCUCAGCAUCUGCCAGUGGAGGCCUCGGGCCCUGCUGCGGUGGGUAGAUGCCCAUGCCAGGCCCUUCAGCACUGUCAAGCCGAUGUAUGUGGUCACAGCCUCUACUGAAACCAACUCAAGGCCAUCUUCUGCCACAGCCACUGUACCGCUGGCCAGAGUCAGGAACACCCGCCGCAACCUUGGUGGGGACAGAAGCCCCAAGCCCCUUCCUCCAGUGAAGGGCCCUGGAGCCCCAUCCAGGGAGGGACUGCUGGCCCCACUGGGCCUGCUGGCCUUCCUGACCCUGGUAGUAGCCACACUGUAUGGGCUGUCCCUGCCAGACCCGGGCAGUAGACCGUGAAGGAGCAUCUGACAAAUAAAGAUCCCCACCCCCA